AUGUUCGAACCAACUUCUGACGAUCAACAAAAUUAUACCGAUAUUGAAGCGUUUAAAGUUCCAUUUGAUGUAGCACAAUGUAAUGGUGAUUCUCUCUAUAGAUAUUUAUCAAAUUGGUUAAAUAGUCUUAAAGAUAAUGAAUUACAAUCUCCACCAAUGUCAAGUCAUGUAUUUCAAAAAUAUAUUCGUCAAUCUCAUCUUGAAACAAGCAUGGCUAAUAGUGUACGAAAAAUGGCUUUAAAUGAAGAUCGUUUAUUUACAAUUGAUGAUUUUGAAUUUGGUCGACCACUUGGUAAAGGUGCAUUUGGUAUAGUUUAUUUGACACGAUUAAAAAAAAAACGAAAUUUAUUUAUGCUUCAUAAAAGUAAAAUCAAUGUAUAUUCAAUGGCUGAACAAGUUAAAAUUGAAACUGAAUCUGGUUUUAAAUUAAAUCAUCCACUUAUAUUAACUAUGUAUGAUGUAUUUCAUGAUGAAAAACAUUUUUAUUUUAUGCUUGAAUAUGCUCCACAUGGACAACUUUAUCAGUUUUUACAAAAAUUACAUCGCUUUACAAAUCGUUUAGCUGCUAGUUAUAUUUAUGAAAUUUGUCAUGCAUUAGAAUAUUGUUAUAGUAAAAGUAUUAUUCAUCGAGAUUUAAAACCUGAAAAUAUUCUUCUUGAUCUUGAUUGUUGUGGAAAUUUAAAAUUAGCAGAUUUUGAUGAUGAAACAAAAGUUAAAAUUGCAACUAUUAAUUAUAUAUUUCCUGAUUAUUUUUCCCAACUUUCAAGAAAAUUUAUUGAUAAUCUUUUACAAAAAGAUCCAAAAAAACGUAUGUCACUUUUAGAUUGUAUUACUCAUGAUUGGUUACAAAAAAAUGCAUAUAAAUAUAUGUUUGGUCCAUAUAAAUGUUCGAUUUAUGUAAAUAUGAAUGAAUAA